AUUUGAGAUCGCCAGCCCCAACAAGAGACGAAAAUCAUUUUUGGGGCAUACAAGCCUUGCUCCCAACCCAACCCAGACCUUCAAGCCCAAGUGCAUACGUAAUUCGUCAUCUGCAGCCAGGUCAUAUUUCCAUUUUUCUGUCCAACGCCUCGCACCACACUCGUGAAUCUCACCAAAUCCAUUCAAGUGUCUCCGCCUGUCCGCCAUGGCGGCCCUCGCUGCGGUCAGCUUCGCGUCCUUCGCGGGCCUUCGCGCCCUCCCCGCCUCCCACGGCGAGACACGCGGCGCAUCCACCACCCUUUGCGUCCCUUCACCCCAGGGGAGAGGCUCACAGCGACCCGGCAGCGGCAGCGGCACGUGCGGUGUGCGCGCGGAUGCGCGAAGGCGGUUGGGACGGCGGGCGGGGGAGGAGGACGAGGGGGCGGGUAUCGGCGCGCUGGUGCCCGUGAGCCCCGCCGACGACGUGGUUCAGACCGGCGCGUCCGGCAGACGCGCUAGCGGCUACUACUCGUACCAGGGCCAGCGCGCGGCGGCGGAGGAGGCGGCGUUCGUGCGCGACAUGGAGGCGGCGGCGGCGGCAGCGGCGGCGCAGCAGACGGAGCGGCAGGUGCUGAUGGACUCGGACGUGGCGGCCACGCAGCAGUCCACGUACCAACGCAAGACCAAGAUCGUCUGCACCAUCGGCCCCACCAGCAACACGCGCGAGAUGCUGUGGAAGCUGGCGGAGACGGGCAUGAACGUGGUGCGCCUCAACAUGAGCCACGGCGACCACGCCUCGCACCGCCGCGUCGUCGACCUCGUGCGCGAGUAUAACAAGGGCCAGGCCAGCCAGGGCGCCGGCAACGUGCUCGCCAUCAUGCUGGACACCAAGGGCCCCGAGGUGCGCAGUGGCGACCUGCCGCAGCCGAUAGAGCUGGAGCGCGGGGAGGGCUUCACCUUCACCAUCCGCCGCGGUGUCGGCACAGACCGCACCGUCAGCGUCAACUAUGAUGGCUUUAUCGAUGACGUGGACGUCGAUGACAUCAUCCUCGUGGAUGGUGGCAUGAUGUCGUUCCAGGUGAAGAGCAAGACGGCGGAGGACGUGGUGUGCGAGGUGGUGGACGGGGGCGAGCUCAAGUCGCGCCGCCACCUCAACGUGCGCGGCAAGUCCGCCACGCUGCCCUCCAUCACCGACAAGGACUGGGAGGACAUCCGGUUCGGCGUGGAGAACAAGGUGGACUACUACGCGCUCUCCUUCGUCAAGGACGCGCAGGUGGUGCUGCAGCUCAAGGAGUACCUCAAGGGCCAGGGAGCGGACAUCGGCGUGAUCGCCAAGAUCGAGAGCGCUGACUCUGUGCCCAACCUGCAUGCCAUCCUCGAGGCCUCCGAUGGGGCCAUGGUGGCCCGCGGUGACCUGGGAGCAGAGCUGCCGGUGGAGGAGGUGCCGCUGCUGCAGGGCGAGAUCAUCCGAGUGUGCCGUGCUUUGGGCAAGCCGGUGAUCGUGGCUACCAACAUGCUCGAGUCCAUGAUCAACCACCCCACACCCACCCGUGCCGAGGUGUCGGACAUUGCAAUCGCGGUGAGGGAGGGCACGGACGCCAUCAUGCUGUCGGGGGAGACGGCCCACGGCAAGUUCCCCCUGAAGGCGGUGCGGGUGAUGCACACAGUGGCGGUGCGCACUGAGGCGACCAUGGCCGUGCCCAACACGCCCGCCAACCUUGGCAGAGCAUUCAAGCGGCACACGAGUGAGAUGUUUGCGUUUCACGCCACCAUGAUGGCCAACACGCUGGGCGCGUCCGUGCUCGUCUUCACCCGCUCGGGCUUCAUGGCCAUGCUGCUCUCGCACUACCGCCCCGCCGGCAUCACCUAUGCCUUCACCAACGACAAGCGCGUGCAGCAGCACCUGGCGCUGUACCACGGGGUGAGGGCGCUCUACAUGCCCUUUUCCGCCGACGCUGAGGACACCUUCAAUGAGGCGCUGCGCAUCCUGCUGAAGCGCGGCAUGGUGCAGCCGGGCGAGGACGUGGCGCUGGUGCAGAGCGGGCGGCAGCCCAUCUGGCGCUCCGAGUCCACGCACCACAUCCAAGUGCGCCGCGUGGCGCACAUCAACUGAACAGCCAAGGGGCAGCCGGCUCCAUGUCUACCGUAGGUUAGGGCCCGCCCAUGCAACAUGGGAAUGCGCCCCAAAGGAUUUGCUCGUGCAGAGCAAUGUGGGAGCCACAGCUUCUGAAGUCACAUUGAUAGGGAUUGCGGGAAUGCUGAUUGGGUAGUAGGCUGUGUAUAGGUGAUGAAUGCAAUAUGUGGCUAGAGGAGAACUGAAGUGUUCACUGCUUGCACCAGCAGAUCAUCGCACGUGCAUGCGAUCAUGAGAUCAAACUGUUGU